AUGUCGCCUAGUGAUCGCAAAUGUAUUCCCUAUCUGCUCUUUUUUAAUUUGGCUUUUUUUGCUGCUCCUCCAGAAACCGCGUUGGGGACACUUAUCCCGCUGCUGGUCUGCCUGUUGCAUGUUACGCGAAGAUUCUACGAGUGUCUGUUUGUACACGUCUUUUCCGACAGCAAAAUGUCUGUUGUGCACUACUUGGCUGGCCACUUCUUCUACUUGUCGCUGCCGGUGUGCCUAGUCUCCAGUGAACCCUCCACAGAUCGUGGAUUUGCGUCAUCGAGCGUAUUCCUGUCCGUGGUUAUUCUCCUGGAAACGGGCCAACAUUUGGCAAUGAAACAGCUGGCCUCGCUUCGCCCCGUCGAAUCGAAGGGUACGAAAGCCCGGUAUCUGCCACCGACAGGCAGUGCCUUCAGUUACGUUACUUGUCCGCACUUUGCAAUGGAAAUCGCCUUCUACAUCACUGUGCACUUCUAUUUAGGCCUCCGAUUUGUACCCUUCAGCGCGCUCGCCAUGUUUGUUUUGGUUAAUCAGUUUUGUGCUGCCCGAAAAAAUUACCAGUGGUAUGGCGAACAUUUUUCAGCCUACACCAAACACCGGACGUCUCUGAUCCCCUUUAUUUUGUGA